AGUGAGAGUACGAUUAUUACGCACAUUACCAAACCAAACCUCACUCUAUUUUAUUUCUCUGCAAAUUUGAGGUUAGGGUUUCUUUUUUUCCUUCAGCUUCAACAAUUACGAGAUUUCUUCUUCUGAUCUUACUUUAUCUUUUACGCCUCGGAUAUGGAUUCGUUUGACACUAAUGGAAAUGGAAACAACGGAGAAUCUUUGCCUCCACCACCACCCAUUGUCCCACCUGACGUUGAACCUGUGAAAAUAGAACAAGUUAAGAAGAAGGGUCCCACUAGGGUUCCUAUGGCUAGGCGUGGUUUAGGUUCAAAGGGAACAAAACUGCCUCUGCUUACUAAUCACUUUAAAGUUAAUGUUGCCAACAACGAUGGGUAUUUCUACCAGUACAGUGUGGCUCUUUUUUAUGAAGAUGGGCGUCCUGUUGAAGGGAAGGGUGCUGGGAGAAAGUUACUGGACAGAGUUCAAGAAACUUAUGACUCUGAGUUGAAUGGGAAAGACCUUGCUUAUGAUGGUGAGAAGACCCUGUUCACCAUAGGCUCAUUAGCUCAGAACAAACUAGAGUUCACAGUUGUUCUGGAAGAUGUGACAUCCAACAGGAACAACGGAAAUGCCAGCCCUGACGGGCAUGGCAGUCCGAACGACGCUGACAAGAAGAGGAUGCGACGAGCCUAUCGCUCCAAGACAUUUAAAGUUGAAAUAAGCUUUGCUUCUAAAAUCCCCCUUCAGGCUAUUGCCAAUGCCUUGAAGGGGCAUGAAACUGAGAACUACCAAGAAGCGAUAAGGGUUCUUGACAUCAUAUUGAGGCAGCAUGCUGCCAAGCAAGGUUGUCUGCUUGUUCGCCAAAAUUUCUUCCACAAUGAUCCAAAGAAUUUCACUGACGUAGGAGGUGGUGUUCUUGGAUGCAGAGGGCUGCACUCCAGCUUUAGAACUACACAAAGUGGACUGUCCCUCAAUAUAGAUGUAUCCACUACCAUGAUUGUCCGUCCUGGGCCUGUUGUUGACUUCUUAAUUGCUAAUCAAAAUGUGAGGGAUCCUUUCAGUCUUGACUGGGCUAAGGCCAAAAGGACCCUUAAAAAUUUGAGGAUCAAAACUAGCCCAACCAACCAAGAGUACAAGAUCACGGGAUUAAGUGAACAACCUUGCAAAGACCAGCUGUUUACAAUGAAGAAAAGAGGGGGUGACAAUGAUGAGACAGAGGAGAUAACAGUUUAUGACUAUUUUGUUAACCGUCGCAAGAUUGAUCUGCAAUACUCUGCCGAACUUCCAUGCAUAAAUGUGGGAAAGCCAAAAAGGCCAACUUACGUGCCCAUUGAGCUUUGCUCUUUGGUAUCCUUGCAAAGGUACACCAAAGCUCUUUCAACACUGCAAAGGUCUUCGCUUGUAGAGAAGUCAAGGCAGAAGCCUCAGGAAAGAAUGCGGGUUUUAAACGAUGCAUUGAAAACCAGCAACUACGGAGCUGAACCCAUGCUGCGAAACUGCGGUAUUUCAAUAACUUCUGGCUUUACCCAAGUUGAUGGACGGGUUUUGCAGCCACCAAAGUUGAUGUUUGGAAACGGAGAACAUUUCAAUCCAAGGAAUGGCAGAUGGAACUUCAACAACAAGAAAAUCGUGCAACCUACUAAAAUAGACAAAUGGGCUGUGGUAAACUUUUCUGCUCGUUGUGAUGUACGAGGUCUAGUGAGGGAUCUGAUCAAAUGUGGAGGAAUGAAAGGAAUUUUGAUAGAGCAACCUUUUGAUGUAUUUGAAGAAAAUAGUCAGUUUAGGCGUGCGCCACCUGUAGUAAGAGUUGAAAAAAUGUUUGAGUUUGUUCAGUCCAAGCUUCCUGGGGCUCCCCAGUUUCUCCUCUGUCUGCUUCCUGAGAGGAAGAACUCUGAUCUAUAUGGUCCAUGGAAGAAAAAGAAUCUGGCUGAGUUUGGAAUUGUUACUCAGUGCAUAGCUCCUACCAAGGUUAAUGAUCAGUAUCUGACCAAUGUUUUACUGAAGAUCAAUGCAAAGCUUGGGGGUAUGAACUCUCUAUUGGGUGUUGAACAUUCUCCAUCCAUCCCUAUUGUUUCUAAAGCUCCCACCCUUAUCUUGGGCAUGGAUGUCUCUCAUGGUUCACCUGGGCAAACUGAGAUUCCUUCAAUUGCCGCGGUCGUAAGCUCGAGACAAUGGCCCCUUAUAUCUAAAUAUAGGGCAUGCGUCCGAACACAGGGGGCGAAGGUAGAAAUGAUUGACAAUUUGUUUAAGCCUGUGUCUGAUAAGGAGGAUGAAGGAAUUAUAAGGGAGCUUUUGAUUGAUUUCUAUACUAGUUCUGGGAACAGAAAACCAGACAAUAUAAUCAUUUUUAGGGAUGGUGUUAGUGAGUCCCAGUUCAAUCAAGUUCUGAACAUUGAACUCGGCCAAAUCAUUGAGGCUUGUAAGUUUCUUGAUGAAAGCUGGAACCCCAAGUUUACGGUGAUUGUUGCACAGAAAAAUCAUCACACCAAAUUCUUCCAGCCUGGGUCUCCUGACAAUGUGCCUCCUGGAACUGUUGUGGACAAUAAAAUUUGUCAUCCUCGGAACUACGAUUUCUAUAUGUGUGCUCAUGCAGGAAUGAUUGGUACUAGCAGGCCUACGCAUUAUCACGUUCUUUUGGAUGAAAUUGGUUUUUCUCCAGAUGAUCUUCAGGAGCUCGUCCAUUCUCUGUCCUAUGUUUAUCAGCGGAGCACCACUGCCAUUUCUGUGGUUGCCCCAAUAUGCUAUGCUCAUUUGGCUGCAUCCCAAGUGGGACAAUUCAUGAAGUUUGAAGAUAAAUCAGAAACAUCUUCUAGUCAAGGUGGUCUGAACGCCUCUCCUGUUCCUCAGUUGCCUAAGUUACAGGAAAAAGUCUGCAAUUCCAUGUUUUUUGUAUAAGUUAAUGAAUCUGUGUUCCAUACUCUACCUUUUUCAAACUGUUUUAGUGGUAGGCGUAAACUUCUGCCUUUGUUUAAGGUAUUUUGAAUACUUGUUGACGUAAACUUGCUUUCACACAUGUGAUCCUUGUUUAUCUGCUAUUUUGAAUGUGAAUAUUAUGUUUUGCUAGAGGCUUUUCUA